GCUUAAGAACUGUUUUGAACUUCUUGCCAAAGACCAUGUUUGUUCUUUUUAAGAAAAAUCACUUUCUUUUGUCUUUGUAUGCCAUCCUCUUUGAUGCCACGGCAAAGAAAUGGAAGUGGCCGUCUCCUUUUCCUGGUGUAGGCUCUGCUGUAUGCCGUCUUAAUCUGGCUGUAGCUUUGCUCAGCCUAUGAGGUUUGAGACUGCAGCUUUGUCUUUAUUUUUGUAUGCAUACUUACAAAUGUAAUUUCUGGACCUCACAACUUAGUACAUUACAUGACCAGUAUCUGUGGCUGCCUGUGAAGACUGAAGUUGAGCACUCGGUUAAUAAUUCCAGGUGUUAUCUGUAACAAAUGUAAUUGUGUAAUGACUGUAUUGCAGUGUAAAUGAACAGAGGAUUCAAAGUAACCCAGGCAAUCAUAUGAUAAUGCCUUUCUUAACUUUUCCUGUUAGAUUUUACAAGCUGUGUUGCAUGACUUGGCCUCUGAAUUGUCAAAUCUGUCUGUCUUGGCUUCAGGUCAAGCUCUUUUCCACAUCUAAUCUGUUCUCACAGUUAAACCAAACACUCAUGUUACAAAAACAUUCCUGCAUACUUCCUGAAAAAGUACUGCUUUUGUUCUGCUUCUAAAACCUGAGCUCACAUUGGUUAAAGGUUAGCAUCAACACUUCAGUUUUUUUGCAGUAGUGACACUUUGGUCACUUGAGUUCUCCGCCUCCUGCUGGGAAGUUGGCUGAAAGUAAGAAAAAUAGGGAUAUUUUUUUCCAGCUUGUUGUUCUGAGAGAACCAACAGCUGUGAAGGUUUGAAAGCCUUUUAUACGUUGUCUCUAUGGAAGUACUGCAGCCUUAACUGUAGAUGGCUUGCUCGAUAUCUGCUAUUACUCCGUGUCACAGCAAUUUCAUGACAGCAACCAAAAUUGAAGAGCUAUAUGUGACUGCUUGGUUUUGGGGGGAAGAGUGGCAUUAGGUGAUUAUUAUUUUCAAAAAAUCAGGCUUUAGAUGCACCAUGCAGAUGUCUGUCAGCUGAGAUAAGCUCUAAUUGCCUACUAUUGCUAUCAGUUAUGCUGACAAACAUGGUAGAAAUGAGGUUUUUUUUAUCACUUAACUUCACAAAUGUUUGACAGAAAAGUGGUGGUGAAUGCAUUUGUACCCUACAGGGCGCGAUUAUUUUCCUUCCAUCCUAUAUCUGUUUCUUCCACAUCCUACUUCUUCAGCUGAGAAUUCUAGUUGAGUCUUAGCCUUUGUGAUCGCUUUCCACCCCCUGACAAUUUCCAGGUUUCCAUUUCUUUUCUCUUCUGAUGCCCAGUCUGUUGUUUUUGCUCUUGGUAUAACGUCUAUGUUAUUGUUGCACUUACUUUACCUAGAGAAUCUCAGGUUUUCCCCCCUGGUUCUCAUAUACUCUUCUUCCCCUGUUACAACUAAUUUCUAGUCCCUUCCUUUCCUUAUUCCUUCCAGGCUUCAGUUUUAAUUCUUUCAGCCAAUUCCCUAAUUGUUUGUUUCCGUCUUCUGUUACUACAAGCCUGUCUUUUCUUUGAUUACUUCUCUUUCGCAUUACCUGCGUUUAAUGAAAGUUCAGGUGUAUGUGACUGGGAACACAGAAGAGAGUAUCUGUCUUUGCUCAUUUAAAGCACUUGGACAAGGUAUGCGAGUGUAAACUGACUUUAUUUUCCUUCUAGUGCUUAGAACUGAGACUUCAGUGAAUUUCUCAGGAAUGGCAAAAAGCAUACUCCUGAUGGAUCACGUUCUCCCAGAUUUCAAAGCCUUAUUCCAAAGCCUGGGGAUGCGCAGAGAGAUUGAUACGCUUAAUGAGCGUUUAGCAGCAGAAGGACAGACAAUCGAUGGAGCUGAGCUGAGCAAAGGACAACUGAAAACAAAAGCCAGUCAUAGUACCAGUCAACUUUCUCAGAAAUUAAAGACAACUUACAAGGCAUCUACUAGCAAGAUUGUAUCCAGUUUUAAAACUACAACAUCAAGGGCAAUAUGUCAACUGGUAAAGGAGUAUGUUGGCCACAGGGAUGGUAUUUGGGAUGUCAGUGUUGCGAAAACUCAACCAGUGGUUUUGGGGACUGCAUCUGCUGAUCAUACUGCCUUGCUGUGGAGCAUAGAAACAGGAAAGUGCCUUGUCAAGUACGUAGGGCAUGUUGGAUCAGUAAAUUCCAUAAAGUUUCAUCCAACUGAGCAAGUGGCUCUUACAGCAUCUGGAGACCAGACAGCUCACAUCUGGAGAUACAUCGUACAGUUGCCUACACCUCAGCCAACUGCAGACUGCAAUCAAAUGUCUGGAGAAGAUGAAGUUGAGUUCUCGGAUAAAGAUGAACCUGAUGGAGAUGGAGACGGUUCUAGCGAUUGUCCCACUAUCAGAGUCCCGCUAACUUCACUCAAAAGCCAUCAAGGAGUGGUCAUAGCAGCAGACUGGCUUGUUGGGGGAAAGCAAGCUGUGACAGCUUCGUGGGAUAGGACAGCAAAUCUGUAUGAUGUGGAGACCUCCGAACUCGUCCAUUCUCUAACAGGGCAUGACCAAGAGCUAACACAUUGUUGUACACAUCCCACCCAGCGUCUUGUGGUGACAUCAUCACGUGAUACAACCUUUCGUCUGUGGGAUUUCCGAGAUCCUUCUAUCCAUUCUGUGAAUGUCUUUCAGGGCCACACAGACACUGUGACAUCAGCAGUUUUCACUGUGGGGGACAAUGUUGUUUCUGGAAGUGAUGACCGUACUGUAAAAGUUUGGGAUUUGAAAAACAUGAGGUCUCCUAUUGCAACUAUCCGCACAGACUCUGCAGUCAACAGGAUUAAUGUGUGUGUUGGCCAAAGAAUCAUUGCCCUUCCACAUGAUAACCGACAGGUUAGAUUAUUUGACAUGUCAGGAGUGCGAUUAGCACGCCUCCCUCGCAGUAAUAGACAGGGCCACAGAAGAAUGGUAUGCUGCUCAGCAUGGAGUGAGGACCAUCCAAUAUGUAACCUGUUUACAUGUGGAUUUGACCGUCAGGCUAUUGGCUGGAACAUCAACAUCCCUGCUUUGUUACAAGAAAAAUGAAAUGCUGGAAGUAUUUUUGCAUUUUAUGUUGCCAUGGACUUCUUUACUUUUGCAGACUUUUCUGAAUACUGGUCUGCUGUUGCUGUAAAAGCUCAUCCUUAAAAGGAGGGUUUUGCAAAUGUUGUUCUUGUUACCACAUUGUGCACAGUUUGCAUGAAUUGUACAGAAAAUGUGAUUUUUUAAAAAAAAUAGUUUGUCUUGUGUAUGAACUUUUAUAUUUUGGCAUCCACUGGUCAAUAAGUUCACUGUUGCAUAGAGCACAUAAAUGUUCAUAAGUUGUUUAGCAUUUAUUAGAUAAACAGUAGGGCAUUACAUUUGUGACAUAAAUGUGAAACCUAUGUAGUUAUUGUAGAGAUUAUAUAGCAGUCUGUUACAUUUUUCCAUGACUCUACAUAUCUGCCUUGUCUUAAAAAUAAUCUGCAGGGCUAAAACUUUGAAAUGAAGUGUGAAUUUCACUAGUUGUAUGAUUGUAAACAUUUUUUUUUAGUUUGCAUCUGUUUGGUUUUUUUUUUUUUUUAGUGCUGCAGUAGCGUGCAACUUCAACUCCAUUUUUAUUCUAGUUACUGGAGAAAUAGUAGAUUUGAGAAGGAAAAUAUAAGCAACUUGUAAUGAGUACAGAAUGCCAGGUUAAUUCAGGAUGGUUUUUGUACUUUUCUCUUGAAAAAGAAAGAUGUUCAUUCUGCCCUUCUUAUAUAAAACUGAUUCUAAUCUCAUGGCAUUUCACAGUAGCAAAAAUUCAGAAUAUUGUAAUUCUUAUCACUGAAAUCAUCAAGCAAAUUUUGAAGCACUUUAGUUUAUAGCUAUUGUUGUUAUAAACCAUUUAUGAAAGUUUGACUUUACCAGUGAAUGUGAAUUGACCUUUAUAAGAAGGAUUUGCUUUUUUUUGGUUAUCUACCACCCAGAAGUGAAAUCAUGGGGUUUUUUUUGUUUGUUUUUGUCUUAUAUACCUACAGUGAGCAUACUUUUAAUUUAGCUCACUUCCCUAAUUUUUAUUUUGAGCCAGCAAUACAAAGUAAAUGAGUACUACCUCAAAAAUGAAUGUUAGUCAAGAUGCAUUGAAUCUCUCUGUAGCCUAGAAAGAAAGCACUUUUGGUCUCUGGCUGAAGUACUAUCUCUAACAUGAUAGGAAAGACAAUCAUACUAAAUGUGAUCUUUAAGAUAAUUAACACUUAAAGCUAAUGGAGCAAUACGAUAAGUAAACAUCAUCUGUCACCUUUGUGUUCUCAGCCGUGGCUAGAGUUGCUGCAGUCCCUGUUCUCCACCAAAAGGGGAUAAUUAUGUAGGUUUUCCUUUUUUCUCCCAAAUGAUACUACUCUAGUUUUGCUCCUCACUGUGUUUAGUCUCUUUUGCACUGGCAGCAUGGUGUUAUACCACAGCUGUUGAUUGUAUAAGUAAAUGCAAGUGGCAGCUGACAUCUUCAGAAAGAACAGAAAGGCUGCUUCAGACAGACACUUCCUUCUAGCUAAAGGGAGAUACUGCCCCUAACUGUCUGACAUAUCACAGUGUAAGAUGAAGGGUUAGAGUAAUCCAAGGGUGCACUCUUGUAAUGGGAUUCUUAGAGUUUAAAGUGGGUUGCCAUAAGAUACUAAGUAUUAUGGACUUUUAAUCACAUCCUUAUGACUAUGAGACGCUACAGCUGUGCUCAUGUCCUCUACAGCAGUGCUUAUAAUGACAUUAAGGCUAAUGUGUAAACUGGUUCUCCUGUUAACUAAUAUAUAAAGGAGUGGAAUGGGAUGGGAGAGUGAAUACAUCACUGAGUAAUUACGGGGAACAUGGCAUCCUAGAAGUGAUUUGGAGCAUAACACUGAGAAGGAUGAGAGGACCAAGGAAUUUAAUCGAAAGCAUAUAUGGUGUGUUCAUAGUACAGGUAGUCAUAGUAACUUGAUCUUAAAUCCCCCCCGCCCCCUUUUUUUUUU